GGCCUCUAGCAUCGCUCAAAGUCUGAAAGCGAAAGUAAAAAAGCUGUCUUCCAAGAAAACACUAUUUUAUUUUCACAGUAAAAGAUGCAGUGAUAUUACCAGCGGACGAUCCUUACCAAAUUAAAGAGGUCGAUUGCAGUUGUGCAUAGUAGGCCAAAAAAUGGUUUGGUUAUGGUUACAUCCUUUCAAAAACAGGUAGGGUAGGCCAAACUAUUGGUUUAUGACAUGGGGGAUCAUUGUUGAAAUUUUCCAAGAUGGCUGAUGUGGAAAUUUUUUAAACAUAGCUUUCAUCGAGAGAACAAAGUUAGCCCUUCAAGAACUUCAUCAUGGCUUGCAAAAUGCUGAGUGACAAAGAGCAAAAUCAAAACUUUUGUAAAACCCAUUCACUUCUAGUUGACAUUGGAGGUGAUAUUUUACGUGAACUUAUUGAAUAUAAGCUCAAACUGUCUUCGUUGGAUAUCAUAACACACUUGAAGGAUCGAGCAACUGUUGGAAUUAUUAAUAGUUUAGAAAAGAAAAAGGUUUUAUUCAAAACACAAGUCAAACUUCUAACUUCCGCUAAUCCGGAUUUGAAAGAAAUGGACAUAUCCCUUUUAACAAAGGUUUUGCUAGAUACAAAAAUAAAACUAACAAAGAAUGAAAAGGAUUUAGUGGAAGGUAUAAGGGACAAACGAAAUCAGCUUGGCCAUGCAGUUAGAGCUGAACUAGUGGAUCUUUCUUUAUUUGAAAAGACAAAGAUAACUUUUGGUGACUUAGUCAAAAGUUUGGAUAAGAAAUUAGCAGAAACGGUAAAUGAACGUGUUUCCCUAUUGGAGAAAAGGGAGCUUGUUUCUCCUGUGAGCAAUCUUUCAGUGGUACAACUAAGAUGUGAGGAACUACAGAUGAAACUUGUGUCGAGUGAUGAGAAACCGGCAGAGGACAUUCUAUCUCUUAGAAAGUAUGGAAUUGCUUUGUAUAUGAGAAAUAUUGCUCGCCAUUUGGACGGUGAUGUUUUUCUACAAGCCUUGAAAUCAGAAGGUGUAAUUUAUGACACCACUAAACGCAAACUUCAAGCAAUCACAGACAGAGAGGAACAAGCAGCACAGCUAGUUCUUUAUGUUCUUGAUGAUAUCGGAGAAAAUGUUCUGAAAUUUUGCAAAUGUCUUCGAGACCAAAACUCACUUCUAGCUGAUCAAGUAGAAUUCAGUUCAUCAGAAGGAGCGGAAACAGGCAAGAAGUUAGCAGAGAUUGAAGGUGAAGAAAUUAUUAAGAUAUUGACUACGACUUUUGAAAAGGUUGAAUCCAAAAGUGUGUCAUCAGAAGACGUGCAUGUCCAAGUGGAAAGGUGCAGGAAAUGCACUGUGAAGUUUUCAGUGGUCAAAACUUGUAUUGAGAAAGCAUUUGAAGUCGAGUUGAGUGGAAACAAUAGCAGAGUACAUGGUAUUUGGUGGAAACAUGAAGACAUAAGGGAUGAGUAUGAGAAACAAACUAUCACAGAUUCUGGCGCAAAUGAGAGGGUUUUUGAAAUGGACAGCGAAGAGUUUGCAGAGUAUUUGUUCAAAGCAAUGGAACGAAAUCGAAAAGGCACCGGGCCAAUUUUCAAAUCUGUGAUAGAGGAACAAAGCAUUUCUGCAGAUGUGUUUGCUUCCUUGGACAAGGAAGAACUGAAAGAAUUGUUCACCGAAGCCCUUGAAAAAGAGGGCAUCAAGUACGGGUUUGGCAUAAAUAGUAAACUUAAGAACGUGCAAACGGAUAUUAAAACACAGAAAUUGAACUACGAACCGUUUAACGAAACCUCCGUAAAUCUUAGAAAAUUUGGAACAUCUGGUAGCGAUUUGAGGUAUGAGAAGGGAAAAGUAGCUAACACCACCAGAGAUCUUGUAGACCCAGUUCGUUAUUUUAUGUAUCCAAAAUUCACUAGGGAUUAUAAAAUGGAGAAUGUUGCAAAAGAGUUGGUACGUUUUAUCCAGGCAUGUUUAAAUGGGCGUCAGAGCGGCACAUUUCAUUAUGGCAUAGCUGAGGUAGAUAACAGCGCAGGACAAGUGAGAGGAAUAGAUACAGAAUUGAUUGAUUUUCACUCAUUUCAACAUGUUCUCAAAAACAGUCUGUCAAGAUGCUUUGAAAGAAACAUUCUCAGUACAGUUAACCAGUGUAUUUUCCCAGAACAGAUUGUGUGGGUUGGUGAUGACAAAAAGAAUGUUGUUCUUGAGGUUGAUGUUGACCCCUUUUCAGGACUCCAAGUUGACACAUGUAUCAAGACAAAGUUCCCAGCCCAUGGUCAUACUGUCGAUAAGUACUUUAUUUAUGUAAGAAGGCCAAAUUGUGAACUUGAAUGUCUUGUUGAAUCAAAAGCUUGUUCAGAUUCAACAGUCACAAUCCUGCGCCAGUCUUUGGAGGCUCGAAAGCGUUUGGAAUCCACUUAUAGUGAUGAAAUAACGAAAUCAAGUAUGCGAUUGGCGGAUUUAGUUCACAGAGUAACGGGGGGAUAUGAAUAUGUAACUCAGAACUUUUGUCCCUUCAUUAUCGGUGGAUCUCUUCCCGAAAACCCAAGACGUGAACAAAUCAUUCAGAGUAUCCACGAAAUGAGACAUGCUUUUAUAUCAUCACUGGUUGUGUUUGAUUUUGACAAAUCCACUGAAGUUUUAAAAACUGUAGAAGGCACAGAGCAAUAUUUUGAAGUUGGAUUAGCUGAGACUGUCGGUAACAGAAAACGUCGAGACAGUGGAGUAGACAUCAGGAAAUGGAACUACUGGUUGUACUGCAAUGGCAAUGAUGAGCUUGAUAGGCGAGACAUGGAUGUAACAGAAUGGUACCAAGAAAGACAAGAAGGUGUGAAGUUGAUCAUGGAUGGAUUCAAGCAAAAAGUACCAGCCGAUACUUCACUGUUUAUUAUUUUGGUAUAUUCGAAGCUUGUCAAGUCUGAUCCGAUGUAUGACUUUGUACGAGAAUGUACUCUUCACAACAGGGAUUCUACGAUUAUUGUGUCAGAGUCAGAAGAAAAUAUCAAAAAUCUGCGUUUAGACAUUGCAGGUUCAGUUGGAGAACAAAGGGUUUCUGAAAUCAUUUUUGCCGGAUGUGAAUGGAAGGAUGUGUCAAUAGCUCUUGCUCCCAAAUUCAAGCAAAAUCCUGACACAGUUUGUCAGCUGCCAAAUUCGAACGGGGUGAUUAUUGACAUGACUCGGCGCGAAAUACAAAACCUUCACAUAACUGAUAUUGAAAUCAUCAGUGGAGAUCAAUGUAGAAGCAGUAUUGAGAGUAUGACUGACACGGAGCGUCGCGAUUUCAGUCAAAUGCAGCAAGAACUCUUUUUCAGGGGAAAUGAAGUUACCUGGUGGAAUUUUGCAUUUAACAGACAUGUUUGCGAACGUGAUCAUUUCGAGACACACAAACAGAAAAUUUACCACAGGCUGAACGAAGUCGAUCAGCGUAUUAAAGUACACGAGAUAUAUCACCACCCUGGUGCAGGCGGAACUACACUUGCCAAGAACUUAUUGUGGCAUUUCAGCCAAUUCAAAAGAGGAGACAAACCAACUGAAAACGUGUAUAGAUGUGGAGUGUUGAAAACCGUCAGAGAACUGGAGACUGUCAAGCAAGCAGAGUCCUUCCGCACUUUCAAAGAUACUCCUGAUCGCGCCAAACCUAUAUUGCUCAUGCUUGACAACGGCAGUGAUGAAUCAUAUAACAUCCUUAAGACAGAAUUAGAGGAAACUGCAUACAAGUCUGGAUAUUCAACUCGCAUUGGACAUCCAUACUGCUUGUUAAUCAUUGUGAAGAGAAUGCCUAUCAGUGUAAAGAACAAUCCGAAAUUGCCUGUAUUAUCACAUGGAUUAUCACAAACGGAAAGAGAUUGGUUUGAUUCUAAAAACAGAGAGAUGGAGGGAGAACAUUUUGAGGAUCAUUUGCAAACACUCAUUGCGUUCAAUUUAAUGCGAAAAGACUUUAGUGAAAAAUAUGUGACUGAUAUCACAUCUCAUGUCAUGAAUGAACUUCAUGAUAAUGAAAAGACAGUACUGCAGAAUCUUGCAAUACUUACCUACUUUGAACCAGAUGGCUGGGUCCCACGAAGUGUUUUCAACGAGGUAAUGCAGAUUGAAGAAUCAACGCCAUUUCGGUACACAAUAAAAGACUGCCUGGAAGUCAAUCGCCCGGUUGGGUUGCGGCGCACGAUAUCAUAUACGAGCUCACAGUCGAGACCUUGGGGACAUCAUGAUGCUCUGUCUUUGUUUCUGAAAGAAAAGUCGAUGUUGGAUCGAAUGCCAAAUUGCGUUCUUGUUAUCUCCCCUUUGUUAGCCAAAGAAGUCCUUAAGCAGUGCCAAGAGGCGAAAUCUUGCACGUUCGAAGUUUUGGUCGAUCAGUUGCUCGAUGUUAUGGCGCGACAUACGGAUGAACAAAACGAUCUGUCGAAGCAGUUUGUACAGAAUGUAUGCAACCUCUUCAAAGAAAGAAAGGUUUAUGUAAACGAAAAGGGUGAAACGUCAAAGAAGAUGUUUUCGGAUCUGAUUCAUUAUAUUCAAAAUGAAGAACCGAUAUCAAGGGGUGAUAGAAAAAAUGCAGGUUUUUCAGUACUGCGACUGAUGCAAAGAUGUUUUAAGAUAUCCAAGAAUCCAUUUGUUGCACAACAGCUUGCACGAUACUACAAACACAUCAAAGAAUUCACCAAUGCAAUAAAAGCAAUUCAGUCUGCGAUUGAACUCAACCCUAAAAACCCUUUCCUUUAUGAUACAUUCGGUCAAAUUUAUCGAUCUAUGUUGGAGCAAAUGACAGACACCAAAACGUGUAUGCCAGUAUCUGACGCUCUCCAAGCUAUCGAGUACACAGAGCUUGCUGUUUCGAAGUUUCAAGAGGCACAAAAGCUUUCUGUAGAGUAUGAGUGCGAUUUAAGUUCAUUUGGGAUGGAAGUAAUUACAGUGCUUCAAUUUCUUGAGAGUAUUGGAAAAAUUAAAGACGUAGAUGUCAGCCAUGAACAGAUUGAGCAAUAUCUGAACAACGAAGAUAUUUCCGUGCUUGCAAAAUUGGAACCUCAAAUGAAAAUUUUUCAACGAGGAGAGGCUUUCCAGAUUCAUGUAGAAGAAUCUCUACGCCACCUUGAAUACUACGAAAGUAUAAUGACUGAAAAGGUGUACCAAGUGAAAGGUUCAAACAAUGCCAAGCUCCUUUUGAAUACCAGACAACGUUUUGAGCGAUUUUACAGCUGUUCAAAAGAGCCAUCUUUCAAGUACAAGUAUGGCCCGACAUUCAAGUGCGUUCAAGAAGCCUUUAAAAUAAGAACAGAUAAACGCGAUCUUCUGAAUCAUGUACAAAUGGCUCGUUCGCAGUUUGAAGAAGACAACAUUGAUGUAUACAAUCUUCUUUUCUUUGUUGGAUGUAAAAUACUCGAGUUUUCCCAUGAGUGGGAAAAAAAGGCGCAUGAUGCAAGAAUACUGGAAUUCCGUGACGCACAGAAAUACAGCAGAAUACUGGUUGAAAUACAGCACAAAAAUAAAAGGCCUUUUAUUGAGGGAUACUUGUAUUAUGCAAUUCUUCAUUGGCCAACUAGAGAUAGAAGAAUGACCUCCACUGAAACGUUCAAUGGCGAAUCAUUCAAAAAUUACUUAGAAGAAUGGCAAAGAAAAUUUGAGGAAAUGUUUCCAAUAAGAACCAAGAAGGAUGUUCCGUCUCAACGACAAAGAGUGAAAACGUAUUUUACCUUGGGUAAACAAGGCCCCGGAGAGGAUAUUGUUGAUCAAGCGCUUGUUCGUACAAAGUGGCGCAAGGAAACGGAGAUAAAAGAAGGCCGGACGCGGAUUGAGACAAUGGAAGAUGACAUAUUCAAUCACAAGAUUGGCAAACAGGUGUUCGCACGAUUAGAAGGAGUCGUUGAUCCAGAUGGAAUUUAUGUGCAUCACAAGAUGCAAUGCAGUAAUUCUCUUCGAAGAUAUGUGGAGAUUCCUAUUUGCUUGCGAAGACGUUACGAUAGUUUAGCGAACAGAAAGAUAACAUUCGUCCUCGGAUUUAGAUGGAAUGGACCCGUUGCUUUUGACCCUAAAGAACAAGGAGUAUGCAGAGCCAAUAAGAAUAAAACAGCAGAAGGAGUUGAUGAUUCACCGCCAUCUUCGCUUGAGAAUGAAGCAACUGACGAUAUGCCAACUUCCAAGUCGGCUGUCGAAACUGGGGCUCGACCAAAAAUCAAACCUGCUCAAGUUACUGAGAAGGUUCAGAAACCAAGAAACAUAAGCACUCGUACAAAAUCAGUGACAGAAAGUAUUUGGAACAGCGAGAAGAGAAAUUUGACUAUUCAAAAGACUGAGUCGAAGAAAGUUUAUAAUCGCAACAGUAUGCUUGGAAAUCAGGCCAAACAAAACAGCAGCAGUUCAGAUUUUAAGACGGGUACAAGCGGUUUAGAUGAGUUUGAAAGCCCAUCGGACAGUAAGGAGCCACAGUUUGAAGAUAAUGACUGCGAAGGGGGCUGGGAAACUGUAAGCCACAACAAGAAAGGCAACAAGAAAAAGCAUUGAUUACACCCACAGGUUCGGUUAGUUGCUGAAAAUCGAAGUAUUGAAUAGUUUUAAAUGACAAAGGGACAUUCGAAAACUAUAGUGAUAUUUCUUUAAUAAAGAACAUCGUAGAUUUAAAUGCAUAUCUUUUAACAAUGAUUUUUUUAGAAAUGCAUUUUGAACAGUAUUUUAAAAGAACCUUGUUUUUCGGUUUCUAUUGAAUAAACUUUUCUUCAGUAUUUUUGUGCAAACCUUGAGAAAAUAAAUCAAUAUAACAUUUCAACGAAUGUGUUAAACAAAAAAUUAUGAUGCAGAUAAUUAUGCAAAUGACAUACUGCAGUAAAGACUAAAUAUGUUCUACUUGUAUAACCUAUAUAUUUAGCUUUGCUAUUCGUAGAAGAAAGAGGCUAUACUACUCAACCCGGCGUCUGCGUCGGCAUAAAUGUCCGGUUUAAGUUUUAGGGCAAGUUGGGAUUUUCGCUCGAAAACCCUGACAUUAAGUUCACUUUAUACUUCACACGGUUAUCACACAGGUUCAUCACACAAUCACACGGUUAAAGUUUUAGGGCAAGUUGGCAUUUUUCUCAAAAACUUCUAAGACGCUCAUUCAAUGGAAUUCAUACUUGUUGUUUACGGCCAUAAUACAAUUAGGUUACAUAUCUCCGUGUUAUCGUAAAUACAUACAAUGGCCCUUGCUUAAGUUUUUUAGCAACUUCGAAUUUUAACACAGAUGUCAAAUAUCGUUCAUUUAAAGAUGCACUCUUACUCCCAAAUAAGAUUUACCACAAUUAAUAAUAUUGUUUUAAUAUUCAGAAAGGAGUGAAUUAAACAUCGAAAACAAUGGUUCUUAUGAAGGAUACCCAGUUUAACUUGAAAGAAAUGAGCAUAAAACACGGUAUUCCUACCUUAUGAUACUACAGUAGACACCAGUGAAUAUUUUAACGUUCCCCAAUCAUUAAAUAUUCUAGCGAUAACAUUUAUCCAUAUUGUCAUGAAUUUAAACUAUGGCCCUUGAACUACUUUGGAAGUUUGAUUGUUUUAGACAACUUUUUGUUUUAACUCUCAGAAAACGUUCAUUCAAACUGCACACAGUUGUUCAAUGUCAUCAAUUAGCUAGGAUAGAUAAGUCAAUAUUAUCCUUAUUAAAAAUGAUGGCCCUUGAUUGUCUUUUAUUUCUAAAAGAAAGCGGCGAAAGAUUGCGCUGUCCUACGAAAGCUCUUCAUGUGUCGUCUUGUCUUAUCAUGACUCGUUUGUUUGGGUAAAAUUGGUAAUUAGUCGAGCAUUUGUUUCGUUAUUCCAGGUCGAUCCUGUGCGACCAAAUCCUGAAUCAGAGUUGUAAAUUAUGCAGUUGUGAAUUUUUCAUCUGUAAUAUUUGUAUAUUUCUUGUUUACCAGUACAUCCUCGGUUAGUGCUAUGUUUUGUGAUUGUUUCCCAUAUUUAAUCGAUCUUUAGUCAUGAUAUGUUUACAAACUUUACACUCGUAUUGUGUCAAAUGUUUUCUUCUUGUUAAUUAUUUUCGCGGCCGAAUCUUCUGUUGUGACAUGGCAGAUUUGUAUUUUUCCUUGUUUGUACAUCUACUCAUUGUUUAUUUCAAACUGAAUGUUCCAAAAAGGAAGUGUUUCAGCCUUUACAAAAUGACCUCAUACAUAUUGCAGAAAUGGUGCUUGGUAUUUUAAACUAGUCCUUAUGUUUCUACGCUAUAUAAACAUUGUUUAUUUUUUCAACAUUAGCUUUAAGAAUGUGUUGAGCUAUGUUAUAUAUUAUUAAGAUCAUCAAAAAUGUUUCGAAUAAAACCGGUAUUUAUAAUCUGGCCAUAAUUAUUAAGGCAUAUUGACAUGACAUCGAUUAUUGUUAUAAAACAUUUUUAUAGUUUAUAUCAUGCUUGAGAGUGUUUUCUAAGUUUUCAUCUUGGCAUUUACACCAAUAUGUUGAAUGAGCGUAACCGUUCAUCAACUAACAUGCUGAAACAUUACAACUACAAUGUGUUCACUUAAUCCGCACGCUAUUAAGUGGACGUUAUCUUGACAACAUUGUACAAAACAGGUCACAAAUAAGGUUGUUUUGCUACACAUGCAGUUGUCUUGUAGUUUCCACUUUAUUUUGAUUGUUUGUUUAAUGAAGAACUCAAUAACACUAUGUUUGAGAGUUUGUUUGUUUAAAUAAGAGCUCAAUAACACUAUGUUUGAGAGUUUGUUUGUUUAAUGAAGAACUCAAAAACACUUUGUUUGAGAGUUUGUUUGUUUAAUGAAGAACUCAAAAACACUAUGUUUGAGAGUUUGUUUGUUUAAUGAAGAACUCAAAAACACUAUGUUUGAGAGUUUGUUUGUUUAAUCAAGAACUCAAAAACACUAUGUUUGAGAGUUUGUUUGUUUAAUGAAGAACGUAAUAACACUAUGUUUGAUUGUAUGUUUGUUUAAUGAAGAACUCAAUACCACUAUGUUUGAGAGUUUGUUUGUUUAAUGAAGAACUUAAUAACACUAUGUUUGAGAGUUUGUUUGUUUAAUGAAGAACGUAAUAACACUAUGUUUGAUUGUAUGUUUAUUUAAUGAAGAACGUAAUAACACUAUGUUUGAUUGUAUGUUUGUUUAAAGUAGAACUCAAUACCACUAUGUUUGAGAGUUUGUUUGUUUAAUGAAGAACUUAAUAACACUAUGUUUGAUUGUUUGUUUGUUUAAUGAAGAACUCAAUAACACUAUGUUUGAUUGUUUGUUUGUUUAAUGAAGAACUCAAUAACACUAUGUCUGGUUGUUUAAUGAAGAACUCAACAACACUAUGUUUGGUUGUUUGUUUGUUUAAUGAAGAACUCAAUAACACUAUGUUUGAUUGUUUUUUUGUUUAAUGAAGAACUCAAUAACACUAUGUUUGAUUGUUUGUUUGUUUAAUGAAGAACUCAAUAACAAUAUGUUUGAUUGUUUGUUUGUUUAAUCUUCAAGAACUAUGAGGAAUGUGAUAGUUGUUAAACGGUGGUUAUUGAUUGUUAAACUGAUUCAAGUGUUACUAAGCAUGGUUUUAUACAUAUAUGAUAUACACUGCAUCAAAAUCUGAUUGCUUUUUUGUUCCUUAAUAUGUGCCAUAAUCAUACCUCCCCAUCUACGAAGGGAGAAACUAUGUUUUAUAAUUAUCUAUAUUAUUUUUUGUAUAUUUAUCUCCAACUUUGUCGAAAAAUGUACUAAGGAAUAUGUUAUACAAAUGUAUUUGCUAAACAUCAAUAGAUGACAUUAUGAUAUUAUUCACAGCGCAAAAUUAUUACUCUUGGUUUUAGUUUGCAGAAUUGUCCCCUCUGGUUCUUAAUCUUCCUUUAAAAAGUUGUCCAAAGGACUACUUGCAAAAAAUGGAAGGUAUUUAAUGAAACUUUGAACAUUGAUAGUAACAAUGUGUAGCUGUUCACACCACAGAUACAAUUUCCGGAUUGCGAAAUACGCAAUGACUAUUAGUCUUCGAUCAAUUGUUGCUUUACGUUUUUCCCCUUUUCCUUCCAUUUACUCGUGAAUAAAUAAUAUCUUAAAUAUAAAUCUGGAACUACUAAAAGGAAUUUGGAAGAAAUUGCAACACUUUUAUUGUACUGUUACAUCCCCUUGUUUUUUUCCCAUUUCAUUUUGCUUGCUCAUUUCAAUGCUUUUACCCUGACAUAACAUGUUCCCGUUAAGGGUGGACGAAGCGAUUUUAACAUAGAAUUUCUAGUUAUUUUAUAUAAUUGGCCUUUUUGUAAAACCGUUUUAUUGACAUUUGAAGUUGUAUAUUGUUUAAGUGUCUGUUUUGGGAAAUUAAGGUUUUGAAUUUGAUGAGUUGAUAGAAAAAUACCAAAUAGCAUUUUUUUGAAACUUAAAUAGGUUUCCAAAGAGACCCAUAUUGUUUGGUUUAAGACUAAGCAAUUAUAUUGCCAAGUAUUGAAAAAUUAUUAUAACGAUGUAAACAGAAAAAAGUGUCAAUAAAUGGUGUGAUUAUUUCAUGCUAAUGAUAUUUUAUUCAAAUUGCAACUUUUUCAUAGUAAUCAAAUAAAUAUAUGCUUGUGGUUUACUAUAUAGUGUGUAAUAAAUUAUAACAAUACAUUUUUGCUAAAAUUUAGCUUAGAUUGUAACUGUGGUUAGCAUAUGGAUGUCUUGAAUGCAUGAACAGAGCCAUACUUAAAAGGUUAAUUUUGCAAUUGUUUCAAGCCAUAUAAUUUAUAUAUUAAAUAUAUCGUAUUGUAUUUAAAUCUGUAUGUUAACUGUUCGCAAGAAAUAGCCCAUAUUUGAAGAAAUAAAAAUCAAAUCAAUUAAA